AUGCAAAGAUUUUUAUUUUUAUUUUUUUUUGAUUAGUGCAAUCUGGUCUAUGAGUUAAGAAUGAUCUGAAAUUGUGUAAUUAUAGUAUGAUCAGUACUGAAACAACAUGCCAAAUUUAGCCAAACCAGGUGAUAAAUGUACUUUUUGCCUGGACUCUUCCAGCGAUGAUUACAAAAUGGGUCAACUUUAUGCCUUGAAUUCAUCCUCUGCCUUUCAUCAUUACUGCUUGCUUUUCUCUAGUGGACUCUCUCAAAGGGGUGAAGAUGAAGAUGGCAUUUUUGGCUUUCUCGAAGAAGAUAUCAAGAAAGAGGUGACCAGAGGCAGGCGGCUGCCGUGCUGCUACUGUUCAAAAACGGGAGCAACAGUUGGAUGCUCCAACAGGCAAUGCCGCCGUUCCUAUCACAUGCACUGUGCAUUGAAAAAUAAGGCUCAAUUUUCCUUCUUGGGACAGUUUGAGUCAUGGUGCAGUGAUCACCGCACUUUCCAAAUCCUGCCCAGUGAGAGAUCAGACUGUCCUAUUUGCAUGGAGGAGGUGAUGCAGGAAGAUACUGACAGCGCUGUGUGGGCUCCCUGCUGCCGCAGGAACGAUGUUUUCCACAAGAUGUGCAUGCAGCGUCUUGCUCUCAGUGCUGGCUACUUCUUCAAGUGUCCGCUGUGUAACGACAAGAAUAGGUUCAUCUUAACCAUGCAAAACUUCGGCAUCUACGUUCCUGAACAAGAUGCCAGCUGGGAGCUCGAGCCCAACGCUUUCAAUGAUUUGCUGCAACGGCCUGUUGACUGCAUGGCUCCAAUCUGCAUGUGUCCAAAUGGCCGCUCCCACAAGGAAGAAAACACGUCAUGGGAGCUGCAGUACUGCCGGUUGUGUGGGUCCCAGGCCAUCCACUCACGGUGCCAGCUGUUGGUUGGAUGCAACAAACGCGUCUCGUGGCAAUGCGUCGAAUGCACAACCAUGCUUGCCGAUAGCGUCACACGUGAACGGACAAUUGCAAGAAGCAAAAAGCUUCUUGAACGUACAGAGAACAGCCCCGUUGACUCCGAGCAAAAGUCACAAAUUUCAAAGGAAGAAAAUGAACUUUAUACCAACGAACAAAUAACUGCAUCUGUGAGUCUGAGCUGCUCAGACCCUGGUACAAGUAAUGAACCCAAUGAUGGAAGCAGUGGAUCUACUCCGAUCAUUUCGAAAAUUCCUCAAAACAAAGACCUUUCAAUAACCGAGAACAACUCUGUACCCGUUUUAUGUGACAGAUUUUAUUCUACUCGCGAGGUUAAGACAAUUAAGCCUAAAAAGAAACCUCGAGUUGAUAAGAAGGUUUUGAUGAGUAGCUCUGAUGUUGAAAAAGCGAAUAAAGCAGAGGGUUGCGGUAACUCGACAAUUACAGAAGUUGAACAGAAAACUGAGCUAGAGCAACAAAGGCUUGAGAACAUUUUAACCCCAACGAAGCCAUCCCCAUCAACUCACCUACCAUUAGAAGAACUCUCUCCUGUGAAUAAAUUUUCUGCAAUUCCUGGAGGUACUGGCAGCACCAGCACUCCUAAGCGUAAAAUGCAACUUGGAAGCAAUGACAUUGAUUGCGACAAAGCCCCUAAGCGGUGGACUCCGCGCAUAAAAAUUUCCAGCAAAAUUUCCAAGAAAAUCAAGAAUGAAACCAACUUGGAUGUUUCUUCUAUUGAUACUGUCGAUAUUGAGGACGAGGAACCAGUCCACCUAACUCCCACGUCGCUGUCGUCUUCCUCAUUUGCUAGCGAGGACGAAUCAAAGUUUAGCGGAUUCUCGCCCACUGACAUGGAACAGAAAGAGAACAAGAGAUCUCCGGGUAAUUUAUUAGGUAAAAUUCGGAGCGAUGGGAUAAAAAAACGACCGAGGAAGAAAGAUCUUGUGAAAACGACUCAGGUUAGUAUCACGUCAUACUUCAAUCCAAAGAAGGAAUGAACCAUGCCACUUCAAUCCAAAGAAGGAAUGAACCAUGCCACUUCUAUCUUUUUUAUCGUAAGAAAAAAAAUCUUUUCUUACAUGUUUGCAUGCAUUUGGUUACCCAUGUUUGAAUUCGAAUGAUUUGCUGAAUGAGUUCAUUUUGUUAUGGAGUUUCAAGUUUUAUUACAUGCGAGUUGAUCUGCGCCACUAUAUAAAAAAUUACCUAAUUUUCAUAGCUGGUCAUUUAUAUUUCUAAUAAGAAAGAUUAUUUCUUGAGAACUCUGUCGCAGGCUCAUGGGGGUCAUUAUUUAUUUAAAGACCAACAACCUCUGCCUUCUUCAAGUGUUGUGUCUAAUGAGGCACCGAAAAUACGGCGCCCACGUACUUACGUUUGUGUGAAUUAACAUUAAGUCUAAGAAACUAUUAUUAUUAUUAUAUAGUUAGCGUUUCGCAAUUAAUAAUUGCUGUAGCUUUGAGAGGAUUGUUUGUUUCUCAAAUAGAGCGAAUAAAAUGACUAUCAACUAUGAUUGAUAUCAUUCCUUUGGGAAAGGUUUCAUUGCUGGCAUGUUAUUUAGUAUUCCUAAACCAGUUCACGUGUCAGAAAUCAAGCAAUUCAAGUGACGAUCAUGAAUCAAGUGUUCUAUUUGUGUGAUUUUAUUUGUGAAUAUACAUGGUAAUUUUAA